UCAGUCUUAGAUUCCCUUACUCAUCCUGAUUUUUUUAUAUAAACUCUUUUGUUUUUCUCUAUUACACAUUUAGUUUCAUUUAAUCAUGGCUUAUAUGUUAUACACUCUGUUUCUUAAUAGAUGUGUACAUCAGGGCGACAUACUCGGACAGUGAAGACGGGGUCGGGUUUGAUGGUUUACUGAGGAAUAGUCGACACGCAGACCUCUGAAAAAAAGGGUUUCUUCAAAUGGAUUAACAACGCAACAAUGGCGUUCCGUCCGUUUGAUUCCGACAAGGAGCGACAGAUGACCUUUCGCCUUUAUGAAAUGACCACCAGGAAGGGCGCGAGUGUACUGCAGCAGGUCCUGGAGUGGGGCACCUUCAGCAGGCAGCCGGAUCAGUCUUUUGCUGACUACCUUUUCCUUGUGAAGAAGCUCUCCAAGGGUCCCAUACGAAAGAAACUCAGCCCCAGUCAGUGGAAGAAGAUGGAGGACCAUAACUUGGAUGAUUUUGACAUAACGCUGUUGUACUUGUGCAUUCAGUAUGGCUGCGACGGACUCGCUCCUCCUAGCGACAAAAGGUGGGCCGAGUCAGGAGACACACUGGAGUACAACCUAACUUUGAUCAAGAAAUUCAGAAACGCCUUCCUUCAUGAGGAGUUUAAAGUUGAUGAGAACAAUUUCCUUGACAAGACGGAGGAACUGAGGAAUGUGCUUAACAAAACACUCAGUAAAGCAGCAGAAAUCUACAACAAGGAUCAACAGGUAGUUGACGACGUUUUGCAAAAACUAAGCGACGAAAUCAACCAUAUCAGAGAUGAGUCGCUGGAUUUAUCAAGAAGAAGCAGCUUGGACUUUGAUAAGUUAUGUCGGUAUGUGAAUAGCGAAGGUAAACUAGAAUUAAAAAGGAGGUACAGAGAUAUGUCAAGCAUUGGACCAGUGUCAAAUCUACUUGAAAAGUACGUAAAAAUGAAAGUACGAAUAGACAAGGUAUUUACCAAAAUACUAAUGAAAGAAGACGAUACUCAAAUUCGUCUCGAAGAUCUCCUUGCGUUGGUGGAGAGAAGGCAAAACCAGAGCAAAACCAGCGACACCACCUUGCUGGUCGAGGGCCCUGCAGGCGUCGGCAAGACAACCCUCACGAGAAAGAUGAUCAGCGACUGGGCCGCAGGAGCAAGUGCCAUGGAAAACCUCCUAGACUAUGAGUUUGUCAUAUUGGUCGAAUGUAGAGUGAGAGAAAUCCAUUCCCUCUCUCAACUCCUGCAGUCUCUCUUACCAACCACAAGCAAGCGUGUCCAAAAAGAAUACCUAGUCGAAUGCAUUCAGGACAACAGGCUUCUGUUUAUUGUUGACGGUUUGGACGAGCUUAACUCAUCCUCGGAACAAGUGUACAGAGAGAUACUGAAAUUAGGGGAAUCUCAUGGCAAUGUCACUGUCCUGUGUACAACACGACCAAACAAAGUACCCGAUUUUAGGAGAUGUGUCCCAAACAACUUUAACAUCAUCCAUGUGCAUGUUCUCGGGAUAGCUGAAGAUGACAGGAAAGAAUUUGUAAAUAACUACAGCCAGGUUCUUGGGAGCACAGAUGAGGAAAAAGACAUCUCUGGCCUUCUUUGCUAUCUGAACAGGAAGGAGAGUCGUCUGCAAGAUCACUGGCGACUCCCUUUUAAUCUUGUCUUUGUGACAGUCUUGUGGGUACUUAACCCUGAAGCAGUAAACAGAAUGACUACAGCGACGGAACUGUUCUUAAAGACGCAUGAGCUGUGUCAGAGUAAGUUAAGACAGAGACUGUUCAAUCAUGAAAAGACUUGGAAAUGGGACUUCCCUGAAAUGAAAGAAAAGAUGGAUAAAUUCCUUAAAAAACUUUAUGAGGAAGUCCUAAUUAACCAUUGCUGUGACGACAGCGUGCUGUCUAAGGCAUCUGUACAGAGACUUAGGGAUACGUGCGACUAUUUAGAUUUGCCUGCCGCUGAAACUCUUAGCACGUUCUUAAUCCAAGCAACGUCACUGACAGAGGAAGCAGAAGAGAAGUAUAGUUUCCCUCAUAAGGGACUACAAGAUUUUUUCUCUGCACUUUACAUCAUGGAAAGUCUCGUUGCUGACGACCUAGACAUUCCUAGAAUUAUCUCUGGCUUUAGGACCGUUCUUUCCAGCAGCAAUGUGCCAUCAAAGACUAGCCAAUACAUCAUACAAAGAAAUCAUGAAAUUUUAAGCCAAUUAAAUCAUAAAGCUUGUAGAACAACAAACAGCAUCAGGAGUGUGCUCGAUGCGACUCUUAAAGAAGUUGCGAAGUAUAGAGGGAACCACGCGGUUGCGCUUAACUUGGCCAAGUGGCAGAACAUUCUGGUUCACCUCACUGGCCUCCUCUACUUGGAAGGCAGAACCAUGGGGGAAGAAACGUCUGCCGAACUAGUGUCGCUGCUCAAGGGAGCUGGCAUAGAAGGCAGGUCCCAGUGGUUGAACUUACUAUCUGAAGUUAAGUGUGAAGCAACAGUGAGCAAAUACAUUGCUCGGGCGAUGGAUAUGAGAGGAGUUGUAAGAGUAACAGACUGCCAUGUUGCUGCGUACGCCAGCGUCUUACCUCAUACACAGCCAUCGAGUGUGGAGAUCCACGUCACUUGCAACCCGCGGGAUGUUCCGCGUCUGACUGAACUCCUAAUGGCAAUAAAGGGGAAACCUUGGGCCAUUAAAAUGGAGUUUCAGCAUGACUUCCGACAUCCCAAAACUGGCGGCAGUAUCCUUGACGAAGAUCUUCGUCUGCUUUUCCAACAGCCGCACAGCAGAGUCCUCAAGUUCAAGGGCCAACUGAGCGCAGCCGCCGCGACGGCUCUGCCCCGUAGCCUUCAGGAGCUGCAGCUGGCCCUGCUCGACGACGCCCACUACGGCGCCCUGCGGCCGUUUCUGUGCUCACUCCCGGGGCGGCGGCCGCCACUGAAGGGCCUCUUACUGCACGUGGCGGCGGGCCUGAGCGAGGCGGCGCUGCAGCCGCUGCCGCGCGUCGACCACCUGGGCCUCGUCUUCGCCCCCGCGCGCGAGGGCACGGCGGCGUGGGCCAGCGGAGUCGCCCGUAAGCUGCAGCCUGCAGAAGGAUACUUCCACCUCCUCUUCCCCGGCCUUGGCAAAUCCGCGGCCGCCUGCUUCAGCCUCCUGGAGGAACUCUCUCGCCGCGGAGUCAAGGUGCGCAGGGCGGUGCUGGUGUCUCCGGAAGUGGCCCAGGCAGACUACAUAGCACUGAACAAAAUUUCCCAACGGGAUAUUGGCUGUAAAUUCCUUGCAUUCGUAGACGGCGGCGUGCUUUUACUUUAAUGGAAAAGAUAUGGAUCUGGAGUUUGCCAGAGGAAAGGUAUUGGAGCGGAGCGCCAUACAAAGAGUGAAGUUGGAGAUCUGCACGUGCGCGAGAGAAAAGGAUGGGGGAUUUGCAGGUAAUUAUUUAUUUACUGAAAAUUUUGUCGCAUCAACAUUAAAGGCCAUUAGCCAUGUUCAUAUAAAGAACACACCGCGAUAGUUUUUUGGUUCAGUAAGGCAAUGUUUGUGGCUUUCUAUAAUGGCCAAAACAUACAAGUAAAUACAAGUGAACGAUUAGGACAAGUGGACAGAAGGGGAUGAAAAAGAAAGAGAAAAGGAAAAGGAAAGGAGAAGAAAAGACCAUGUAAAACUGAGGCGAAGACUGAGGUCCAAGGCAGGGGUGACGCCUACACUGGCCCUCAGUCUCCGCCAACUAAACUGCCCACGGCAACAAAGAGCAAGGGAUUGGGGGUCCCCAGUGGGGAGGAAUGGUUGAUGGUUAAUGGUUAAAAGCAAAAUACAUGUGCUAGACAUCUAAGGUCACGUAGCACUAUAGUAAAUGGUAAUGAAGUGUGGUUGAGUUAGUGAUUAGUUGCCAAAGCUGGGCAAAGAAAUUGACGAGUGAAUGGGUUAAGGUCGGGUGAGGUAAUGUAAAGGGGUUGGAUCAAGUAAAGAAUAUAUGUACGAUUGAGGAAGGAAAUUAGGUUGUCAAAGCAGAAAGUGUGAGAUUCUGUAAGGAUGUCGGAUAGGUUGCGAGCUCGGUGAAGGGAGGAUAGGUGGGGGAAAGCAGUGACAAUAGAAUGUGUGGAACUGAAAGACGGGCAUUACAUAGGGAACAUAGCAGUUGGGUGACCAGCAUCCAUCCCAACCGACAAAUAGAAGUUGUAUCAACAAGGCUGAGAAUUAGGCACACAAGACUGACUCAUAGGCCGAUGAUGGCUAAAAGUGAAGCACGGUGUGAGGAAUGCCAAGAGCCAUUAACGGUCGCACAUAUAGUGGAAAGAUGUGCAAUAUUCUCAGACCAAAGAGGAAGGUACUGGUCUCCCCCAUAUACACUGAAAAAAUGUAUUGGGGGAGGAUUGUGACAUAGAAGGUCUUAUUAGUUUCCUUAGGGAAACUAAUAUUUUCAAUAAAAUUUAAUUAUGCAUAAUGUUUAUGCAAUAGUUUUUGUUUAUGUUUUGAUUUUUAAUAUAUUUAUUGUUAUUUAUGACAUUUACUGAUAGAUUUUUAACGCUUUAAAUAUUUUAAUACUUCAGUCUAACAAGGUGUUCGCCGCUAAUGACCAUACUGUUGACGCGGCAGACAAUUUUAAAUAAUCAAUCAAUCAUAAGGAACAUAGGUGUGGAUCAGAGUGUGACAUCAGAUAGGAGUGUGUUAGAUGGCCAAUGCGUAAGCGGGCGAGAGUAGUCUCCCAACGUCUGUUCCGAUGAAAUGGAACUGACCAGGAGGAGAUUGAGUUUUACAGUACGUAAUUUAUUAGUGCGGAGACUUGACAAGAAAGAUUGCCGUCGGUUAUACAAGGUCUUAAAGUGUGGAUAGUAAUCUGUGGCUGGGAUACGUGAGAAACGUGGUUGGUAUGAUGUGGACAUAGCGGCUAGCGUGCUAGAGUAUCUGCCUCUUCAUUACCGGGGAUUCCAACAUGGCUGUACACCCAGCAAAAUUUGAUUGUUUUAUGGCGUGUGGACAGGGGGUUGGUCGAGCGUAUUGACUUUUUGAGAGUUAGUGAGUUACAGGAGUCAGUAAAAAAUGUGAAAGAGGAAGAGGGGAUUGAGUACGUGUGUUUUAAGGCAAAGAGGAGUGCAUAUAGUUGUGUAGUAAGGACACUGGAUUCAGGAGGGUGGGGAUAUUUGAAAGUACGUGUUGGGAAGGUUACUGCAAAACUAGGUGCAUUUGGAGCCGUCAGUGUAUACAUGAAUACUGGAGGAAUGAAUGGAGACAUGAUCAAGGAAAUGGGUGAGAAGGACAGCAGAAGGAAUAUUUGAUUUUGGUGGGUCAGGGAAAACAGAAGAGCAAAUACGCGGGUAAGGUAUAAGCCAUGGAGGGACAGAAUGGACAGAGAACGGGAGGUCGGAGAUGGGGAAAAGGGGAAUAGAAGAGGAGGGUAUCCAUGCGAGUGGAGAAAGGAGUAGGUAAAAGUGGAGAAGCAGCAAAUGUAGGAGGUAGUGAGGGGAAGUUGAUGGAAUCGAGCAUAACAUCAGAGUGAGAGAAGGGUAACCAGUGGGGAGGAAAGUUUCCGGUCGUCCACGAGUAGAUGGAGCGUGUCUUGACAUACGGUAAUGUAUACUGUCCGGACACUCUUGUUAUUGUGGCAUGACUGUAAUGUAUGAGAUUUCAGAGGGAAACGGUGAAUUUUAAGAUUCUGCAGACAUCAGGGAGGAUAUAGGAGUGCACUCUUUGUUAAGGAAGAGACGUGAGUAGAAAAAUGAGAUCUGCUUCGGAGAGUUUCUUGGCGUUAAAAUAGGCACCAAAUUCGGAAGCUACUCGAAGAGGGUCAGAUAUAAGGCUCUUGUGGAUAUGGAGGCCGAGGGCAGAAUGAGGAUGAUGAUUAACUUAUUCAACCGCCAGACCAGAGGUAGGCGUGGAUGGUUUUAUGGAGGAAACAAUUUUAUAUUGUACGGCAAAGACAAGCCGAUGCCUUUUUAAAUGAUCUGGAGGCUGGUAAUUGACUGGGGUGCCGCUCUUGUAGCUACUGCUCCAGGUUGCACCAGCGAGAGGGAUUGGGAAGUGAGACAUAGGAAGUAGGAGAAAGGAGAAUAGGGAAGUGAUCACUAUAAUGAAAAUGGUCUAGAACUGACCAAUUGAAGUUUAGGCGAUAGGAAGGAGGACAAAGAAAGAUCAAGGCAUGAGGAUUUCGCACGCAUGUCAGAGUGGGACGGUUUGAAGUUACGAGGAUAAGGUCAGUAUUUGAGAGUUCUAAGGAGUCACCCCAAAGGUGUGGCGACAGUUGAAGUUGGGGAAAAUAAGGUUUCAAAGUUAUAGUCAGUAGUCAAGGAAGGGGAGUAGACAACCUAUUGUGAUCCAGCGGCGGAGAAAAAUGCGUAUAACUUUGCAAGGUAUAGUGGUUUGUUAGGGAGGUAUAACAUAUGGUGUUUUAUGGACACGUAUGGGGAUGAUGCAAAAACGGUAAUUGGGAAUUGGUACUGGAGGAUGUGUGAGGAAGACUUUUGGAGGCAGACAAUGGGUGAGGGUGUGUCUUUUUCACAUUUUUCCUCUACCCCGCCCCUCCUUGGGUUAAGCGGAGAGAAAUGGUAGAUUGGAUAGAUGGGAAAAGAUGGAUAAAGAGGGAGAGGGUGAGGGAGAGGGUGGUGGUGGAACCCGAGUCGAGGCCAGUGCCUGUGGUCAUCAAAAAGGGUCGUCUGCCUGGUUGCUGCUGGGUAUGGAUGGACGGCCUUUCCAGUCACCAGCACCCCAUGAGUAUGACGACGCGCGGCCUUUGCCUGAAAACGGGCUACAUCCGCCGGGCGCCGAUCCAUGCUGUGGACGGGCCUCAAUAACUGUGCAAGAUGGCUUAGAAAAAAAGUCCGUUGAUCUGUCAUUGCACUAUAUCAUUUACAUUAUCUGAUUAUAUCUUGGCCGUCCUCCUUCCUCUCGAGCUCACGUAUUCCUUGAAAGUUGUGCUCGAGGCAAAAUACCAGAAGUGGAGAUUUCAUCUUCCAGCUUUCCAGUCUUCUUUCAUUCUCUCACCAGACUUCGCUCGGUUCUGUAGCGCUAAUAUCUUGAGUUUGCGGGUUUUGUUCGCGGUUUUUUUUCUUCUUUUUUGUGGCCAAUUUCUAUUCGUUGCGAAAAUAUCGAAUUAAACUCGCUAGUAAUAAUAACCAGGAAAAUAAAGACGCGAGGAGAAGGCAAAGGGAAAAGGAGAAGAAAAGGG